CUAUUUUAAAGUUAGAUUUAAGGGAUCCACUAAACCAAUUCAGUAGUCUUUAAAUAUACUUGACAUCAAGACACAGCCAUCUGCUGACAUACCCCAACCAGAAAACUGUUAAGGACAAUAUCUGAUAAAAAUGACUUCUACAAAAAAUCUGGCCAAGGCCAUAGUGAUUUUAUAUGCUAUAUGUUUUUUUACAAACUCUGAUGGAAGACCAAUGAUGAAGAGAUCGGUGAGUGAGAUGCAAUUAAUGCAUAACCUUGGAGAGCAUCGACACACUGUGGAGAGACAGGACUGGCUUCAGAUGAAACUGCAGGAUGUGCACAGUGCCCUUGAGGAUGCCAGGACCCAGAGGCCUCGAAACAAGGAGGAUAUUGUCCUGGGGGAGAUAAGAAACCGGAGGCUGCUCCCUGAGCAUUUGCGGGCAGCAGUGCAGAAGAAAUCCAUUGACCUGGACAAAGCUUACAUGAAUGUACUCUUUAAAACUAAGCCAUGAUGAAAAGACCAAGAGCAUUAUAACUGUCCAAGUAAGCACAUGUCUGUAGAUCACUGACCAGUUAGGGUAUUUUAUUUAUUUUUUUUUAACUCAAACUAUGAUAAGGAUUAAAGGCUCCAUGCCAGACUGUAGCCCCACUGAGAUGGGUAUUUCACAGCUAAAUAGUAAAGUGUAUUUAUAGGCCACCCAUGGCCAUUGCUGCUAACUCCCAGGUAUCUUUUAAAUGGCUAAUGUAACUCAUUAACUUCCAGGAGAAUUAAAAACAAAUGGCAAAACAAAAAACAACAAAGACCACCUGCAAUAGAAUAAGAAAGUUGAAAAACAUUUAAGACCAGUUCUACCACUCCUAUAUGGAGAGCAUUUGUCUGUAAUCUUUAGACCUACUAGUACUGUAAACUAACAACGUAAUAUAGGCAUAACUGCAUUAUGCCUAGGGUUAAACUUCAAGUUUGUCCUAAUGAAAGGAACACAAACUUAAAUCCACUCUUACUUUCCCAAGAAGGCCUAAAGCCAGACCAAUGUCAGUAACAUAGACAAAGCUGCAUGAUAGUAACUUAGGAUUAAAGAGUGCGAACAUGAAAAAUAGAAGGAACCCAAAGCUUAAGAUUAAAGUAGAAUGAAAUAAAUUGUGCAUGAAAAAGAAGAACGAAGUUUUACAAGAUACUGAAAUGAAAGGGAGGUUUAUUAACUUUCCCUCUUAAUUAUGAGCUGUCACCUUUUGGAACUGCAGGAACAGUGAGAGCAGAGAUUGUAGCAUAUAUGUAUGCAAAGCCCUAACUAUAGAACUGGGAAAUGGUUCAACACGAGAUAAAAACAAGACUUGUUUCAAUUGUUAUCAUCUCUCCUUCAGUCAAUAAUCUAUGAGUUUCUGUAUAUUGUGCUUAGGCCACAUGGGUAAGUGGCUCACAUAAAUAAAAUUACUCAUCUUCACAUGUGCACUUAUACAGAAUUGGGAUUUCAGUUUGUUAAAACCCUGAAAUUACAACCAUUAAAAUAUAGAAAUCAAAACCUGGGAACCAUCAGUUAAAAUACAAGCAGGAUUCAGAAAGAAUUUGACAGGAACAUGGAUGGGAGAAAAUGAUGAUAAUAAUAUAGAAAAGAAAGCAGCAAAUAUAAAAUGAUUUUGAAUUGUAUAGACAAGUAUGUGCUUAUGACCUCGACCACUUCUGAAUAAUAAGAAUAUUUCCCCUGUAGAAGUGACAGCAGUUUCCUCCCAAUGUUCCACUGUGAGAAUUCAAACCUCGAGCAGAAUUCCAGUUCUAAGCCAACACAUCUGUGUGGUCCCAUACCACUUCCUUGUUUGUUUGAUGUCCAGCACAUCUUGGGAACGUAAUGAAAAACUCAUACAUAAUUACAAUUAUAAACGCAAUCCGCUGGAGGUAGAAAGGUUACUUGUAACUAAUGGACUGUAGUACACAAUCUAGGCUAUACUUUCACUAAUGUAAAGGCUCUGAUGCUGCAAGCAGAUUAUAUACCUGUGCAAAUGAGUGCAUUGCACACACAGGCAAGGAUUCCGUGCCUCUUGCCUAUUUGUAGAAUCAAGGCCUUAAGGUGCACUUUCUAUUUAUUCUUGUAUCAGACAUCUGUGCUAACUUAAAAUUGUAUUUUGUACCUACGUCUCACAUAUGUAUUACAAAAUAAAGUGGACCAAAAGCUCUUGGACAUUAUUUUAAAGCAU